UGUUACCCCUAGUUCGGCAGACUGGACUGUCGACUAGGCAGACGAGAAGCCAUUCAUUUGCGUUCGGGAAAUAUCAAAUGAUUAUACCAAUACCAACAUGAGUCGAUAGAUAGUUACAUUGUAAAAGAAACAGGAAUAUAAAGUCUGAACGCAUUGUUGCAAAUCUUUUUGUGACAAGGACACUGUGCUGUGAAUCUGAAUAAUGAAGUACCUCUUGUUGGCGUCUCUUUUUUCGAUGAUUUUUGCCAGGAAGUCUCCUCGGCUGAAAUUCGUUGUGCAAGAGUCCCCUAGGUUUCACUUCACGAAACCGGAGAACUACAUAACACUGUACCAGCAGCCGGGCACCAAUGUGCUGUAUGUGGGUGGCCAGGCUGUGAUCUAUGUGUUGACAUUCAGUGACAAUGGGGUUCGCAACCUGCAGAUCCCUGUGGUGACAGAUGAGAACACAAAGGCAGCCUGCAUGGCCAGGUCAGCGCCACCAAAGUUGGAGUGUGAUAAUUUCAUCACAGUCAUUCAGAAAAUCAAUGAUACAUUUGUGGUUUGUGGGACAAAUGCUGGAAGUCCUAAAUGCUGGCUGUUGGUUAAUGAAACUGUAUUAACAGACGUCCCCACAAAUGGGCAGAUGACUUCCCCAUCUGACAUCUCCCCACCCUAUCCUUCCCAGAAGUCUGUCAGUUUGUCAGUAGAUGGGAGUCUGUAUUCUGCUAUAUCAGCAGUGGGCCAUCACACAGGCUCUAUCAAACGGACCUUCAGCUCUCAUAAACUCCUGAAGACUGAGAGCAAAUGGUUACUGAAUCCCCAGUUCGCAGGAGCAGCGGUAAUCCCGGCUUCGCGGAAACAUCAGGAGGAGAUCUAUGUCUUCUUCAGUGAGAUCAACAAGACGGCCAGUAUGGAUGAGGAACCCUACAGGGCCCGCAUUGGACGAAUCUGCACGGUGGAUGAUGGGGGCAUUAAGAACCUACUGGCUGACUCAUGGACCACCUUCCAGAAAGCCAGAGUAAUGUGUGGAGCUGGCAACACCCCCCAGCAGUACAACAAACUGAAGCAAGCUGUGGUACUGACAGCCCAGGACAAGAGGACCGGUGUCAUGUAUGGCCUGUUUGCCAACGCGUGGGACACAACAGUGAUUUGUGCAUACUCCAUUGAGGUCAUUGACCAGGCCUUCUCCACCUCUAAACUGAAGGGUUACAGCAGUCCUCUUAUUGGCCAUAGACCUGGAACGUGUGCCUUCAAAAACUCGACUGCAGCCCACAACCCAAAGAACCUGGGAGUUGUCAGGGACCACCCGGAGAUUGAAGAUGUGAUUCGUCCGGUUGAGGCCACUCCCCUCGACCUGCUGACUGAUGACCAUAUCACAUACAUCAUCACUGACAUGGUGCUGGCCGUCAACGAUGAGCAUUACAGUGUGCUGUACCUGGGAACAGAGCAAGGGAAGGUCCUCAAGGUCUUGCACACCAUUGAGGAGGCUUUCAUCAUAUCCCAGUACUCUCUGUUCCACAACGAGGGUCCUAUUCUAAGCAUGGCCAUAGACUCCCAGAAGGGCCACCUAUACGUGGGCACUGCGAUGGAGGUCCAGCGACUGCCGUUGGCUGACUGUGGUCGUUAUGGAGACACUUGUAGAGAUUGCAUUUUGUCGAGGGAUCCUUACUGUGGUUGGGAUGCUGCCAAUAGGAAGUGUAUACCCAUCCCUCCUGGAUACAACAUCACUUCUGGAACACUCACUCAAUACCUUGACCGAUCAAAUGCGUCUAUUUGCGGGGAUGCUGCUGCUCUGAAGUUGCGUAGGACAUCGCCAAAAGAGGUGACAGUAGACGGCAAAAUCCCUGUCUUCCUCCCUUGCCCUGUGUAUUCAUUCCAUGCCCUCUACCGUUGGGAGAAAGACAACUGCAUGUUGCACUACCCCUGUUUAAUCAGCGGGGACUUCUGUGUGUUGGGGCCUGUCUCUGACCUACCCCUAAAGGAGGGCAUCUUCCGCUGCAUGGCCACAGAGAAUGGCUACAAGGUGGAAAUCAUCUCCUACCGGCUGUUGUACAACGGAGGGCCCAUAGCUGCCUCUUUGGCCUCCACCCUAGGGUCCUCCCUCUUGCUGGCUACAGUCACCCUCUGGCUGCAGUAACCAUCCCCAAAGAUUGAGCCAAUAAUGCCAAACCCUUCAACCCAAUUGGCUGCCUCUCACAGGGAUGAAAAGGGGCUACAUAAAUACGGUAGGUUAGGUUCACAGAGCAAAGAGAUAGAGUUUGGACUAAAAGUUUUGUUACCAACAAGAACAUUUUUAGGUUUAGAUAUAAAGAAAAUGUGAAGUCCAGAAAAUGCCUGUCAAAAUAUUAUGUUUUUUCUCCAAGAUAAACCUUCAACAACUGUGUAACACAAGUAACAUACUCCAUGCAUUUCAUUAACAGUAUAUUUACAGUACAUUUGAAAACAUGGUUUGGAGUUGAAUGUUGGAAGAAAUGAUUUAACGAUUAUCACUUUUUUGUCUCAAAUACCAUAAUAAGUGCUUUGAGAACCUUGCCUUGCUGAUUCAAUCAAGAUACUUUUUAUCUUUUGAAUUGAGCAAUACAAACACUAACACCAGGCCAAUUGUAUUACAUUUCUCAAUAGAGCAUUUAUUUACUUUUGCAAGUUUAAAUAUUAUAAUCUUGAAUGCUAUUGUCAAAACAUUAAUUUGUUUAAUUCAUUCGUCAAUUAGUCUUUCAGUAUUUGGAAAAUAAGUAAUACAGUAUUGAAAUUUUUAAAAGCCUUAACAAUUUUAGGACACAACCCUAAGCACAAUUUGCAGUGGAAGCAAAGAAAAAAAGGAAAUGCAUAAUGCAGAGGACUUGGCCUUGCAAAAAUGGGCAGGGAGAAAGUGUCAUAUUUUUGACAGGAAAAUGGGCAUGGGCAUCUUCAUAUAUCACUGUGUAUUGGCAGGUCCUCAGGCAAAUCAGUUGUUGUGUCUUUAUUGAAUUGUAACCAUAUCUAAAUUACGUAAAACCAUUAUAUACGUGUGUACAUUAUUGUACUGAUAUUCAUUCUAAAUAAGUUGACAAGUGGCUGUUGUAUUUUGUAGUUUGCUAGGGGAAAAGCUUGUGAUUGUACUCAUCCAGUGUGUUCAGUAUUUUAAUGCUCUGCAAACUGCUAAUGGCAGUGAUACAAACCGCUGCUGCCUACUGUAUAUGAAUGUUAUUUGUAAUGAUUUAAGUUCUAUGCUAUGGGUGUACAAUUAUAAUACCUGACUGCUUUGACUGCUUUAACCAGCCUAUUUGCAAGGGGAAAACUGUAUGAUUGUAUCAGUAUAUGUUGUGACACAAUGGAUUGAUGGACAAAUGCUUGUGAAGUAGAACACUUGAAGCAUCAACCAUACUCUGGAGAGACAGACUAUAAUGAAUGGCUAAAAUUAUUAAGUUGCACAUUUGAAAAAUGGAACAAUUACUCCAGUAGUGGCUUUCUCUUUCCAUCACCUGACCUGAAAUAUUAAUGAAGCCCAAAUGUGCCUAUAAAUGGCACAGAAUGUUAUCUCAUUAAAGCACUGAUUAUCUCAGGCUUGGCCUCGAAUGUAACAGUUCUGAUGUUGUAGUUGCAAUAUCAUCACACACAAAUCAAGUGCCAACUUAUUCAAAAACAUCCACUGAUUUUUUUGCCAUAAAGGCAGGAAAGGCAAAAAACAACAUUUUGCCCACCAUUAUUGUGAAACAGUUUUGUACAGCAUGCUACCAAGGAAUAUAGGAAAUACAUAUUUGUUACUAAAUAUUAUAAAUAGCUUCCACUGGUCAGAUGGGGAGGCGAAUAACAAUGUAAUAGAACAUUGUGACUGCAGAAUUCAUUUGUGAGAUGAAAUCGGGGAAUGCGUUUUCCCAAUUUAAAUGACACUCUGAAUCUAAUUGGUUCUAAUAAUAGCUUUUUUAAGUAAAAUUAUAUUUAAAAAAAUUUUUAACUGAAAUUUCUUAAUUAGAAAUUAGAGUUGCAUGUUGCCUGCUUGUAAAAUAGGUACAUACAAAAUGAAAACAUUACCUGUUUAUCUAUACCUGUUUGAAAUGGCUGAAUCUGAGUUAGCUAUGAGUUAACUGUGAACUACUGGACAUAGGCAUGCCAAUAUUUAGUCUUGAGCCAGCUCAUUGGCAAGCGACAGGCAUUGAUAAUGAUCAAACUGAA